CAUGUUUCGAAAGUAUUAUUUGUUCUUGUAAUUAAAAAGGAAAUUUCCCUAUAUAUAGUGUGUCCUUUAAAAGUGCGGCUGGUUUAGCGGCUUUUACUAAAGCAUAGUUAGUCUGUUGGGUUGAAGAAAAGUCGCUCUGCUUAAUUGGUUCCACAAAAAUGGCUAAAAUUAUAUUUGUGGUUUUAUUAUUCCUCGUGUUUUCCCCGUUAUCAAUUGGCGGACCAUUGCCCGAUGCAAGUAGCAAUUCCAACUCCAAUACUUUCGAAGAUGAUGGUGGAACGGAUGUCAUGACUGAAAUAGCGAUCGUUAAUGAAGAAAAUGAUCUUGAUCUUUUUGAAAGUGACAUCGUCCUCCAUAAAGAGGAAAAUACGGUAACAAAAAGGAAUGCUCGCAGGUCAAGGAAGUUUUUAUGGCAAAACAAAAAAGUACCGUAUGAGAUAACCCAGGAGUUAAUUGACAGUUGGUACGGACCGACAAUUUUAAAAGCUAUUGAUGAAUUUCACCGGCACACUUGUGUCCAGUUUGUUUCUCAUACGAAUGAAAAAAACUGGAUCCAAUUUGUUAAAGAAAAAGGUUGCUGGUCAUCGGUUGGUCAAAAUUACUGGAUGUCAGGUCCCCAGAAACUGUCUCUUGGUGCUGGCUGUAACAUGACAGCUACUGUUAUGCAUGAGUUACUUCAUGCCCUGGGUUUCUGGCACGAACAAUCGAGAGCUGAUCGGAAUAAUUACGUCGAAAUUUUUUGGGAAAACAUCCGAGAAGGAAAGGAGCACAAUUUUAUGAAGGAAAAUUAUUUCACAGUCGACCAUCAAGACAAACCGUACGACUUUCAGUCCUUGAUGCAUUAUGGAAACUCGUAUUUCUCGAAGAACGGCAUGGACACCAUUCGCUCGAUAGUACAAACGGAUCUCAAAUUGGGGCAAAGAAAUGGUUUUUCUCAACUAGAUAUUGACGAAGUUAAUGACUUGUAUGAUUGUAACUCGACGAAUGUCGGCUGGAGUUCCUGGUCAACGUUCACCCCUUGUGAUGCCGGCUGUAAGAAGAAACGAGAGAGGUUUUGUACCUCGUCAAAUCCUUCUAAAGAUUGCCCUGGUACAAUUUCUCAUGGAGUGGAAGAGGAGAUUGUCGUGUGUAGCGUGGUGGAGUGUAAUGCUCCGAUUGCUGGACACUGGGGAAGAUGGUCAUCGUGGAGUUCAUGUAGCACGCGAUGUGGACCUGGGACCAGGUCACGUGCGCGCACAUGUGAUGAUCCCGUGCCAAGGAAUGGCGGAAAAAAUUGCGUCGGCGAUGGGAAGGAGGAGAAUCCGUGCGUAUUCCAGUCUUGUGGCUUAGGACCCGAUGAUUGUGAGUUUGAAGUGGAUGCAAAUGGUUUUUGCGGUUGGACGCAAGAUGUCAGUGAUAACUUGGACUGGAAACGUAGUCAAGGGCCGACACCCAGCUCACAAACUGGACCUGUGGCAGAUCACACAAGUGGUGGGGGCCACUAUUUAUUCAUCGAAUCAUCUUCGCCAGCCAGGACGGGGCACAAGGCACGCUUGAUCAGUAAAACAUUCUCAGGAUCCAACCAAUCAAUUUGCUUUAUACUCUCCUAUAAUAUGUACGGAAGUGGUAUGGGAUCCCUGAAUAUCUACCUAAGUAACGCUGAAGGAAAGAAGUUGGUGUUUUCUAAAGUAGGAGAUCAAGGGAAACAGUGGCAAACAGUUCAUUUAGAUUUGAGUAGCACCAGUGACUAUCAUGUGAUUAUCGAAGGUGUUCGUGGUAUGAACUUCCGUAGUGAUAUAGCCAUUGAUGACAUUACUUUUAUACAUGAUUCAUGCAGCGAUACUCCGAUGAGGAAUCUUGGUUGCUAUCGUGAUGAUACACGACCUCUUGAUGAUCAUUUUAAAAACAUUCGGAGUAAUAUAGAUUGGUUUGAUAUGAGUAAGACUAUCGUAGACUGUGCGAAAGCAGCUAAGGAGAAUGGCUACAAGGUAUUUGGUGUGGAGUUUUAUGGCGAAUGCUGGUCCUCGGAUAAAGCUAAAGAUAUUUACAACAGGGAUGGCCGUAGUAAUGAAUGUUGGCAUGGUGUUGGAAAAGAAUGGGCAUUUCAAGCAUAUGAACUGCUGUAGACAAACGUCUUGUCAUGCAGUUGAACACUCGAAAAAGAUGAAUCAUGAAAAGUAUAAAUUUCAUUGUUUAAUAGUUUAUUCCAAGUAAAAAUGAUUUAAUUCUAAAAAAUAAAAUACAGAUAUAAUAGAAUAUAGAUAAAUAUGGAAUUGUAGGUGUGAAAAACUUCAAUAAA